AUGCUGUCUGAAUUUGAAGCUGACGGACCUCAACUGGACGAAGAGUUGGACUAUCCGCUCAGGAUUGUUUUAGUCACAGAUGAACCUAAGUCAAAAGAGUCGGAAAUGGAAGAAAUACUUGUGGACACGAUAUCAAGUUUUAAAUUGAUGCAUGCAUUUUUUGAUGCAUUCGAUGAGGCAGUAGCAAUACCGAAUGAGGGGCAUAUAAAAUAUGAAGUCGGUAGUGAUGGCUUAGUUGUUAUUAUAGUUGACGACACGAAGUUGAAAGACAGUGUGGUAAAGUUUGUUGAAGAAUAUGAUCUGAAGUUGAAGGAAAAGGAAGAGAAGGAGGAAAGAAGGGAAGAAGAAGAACUUCAGUCCAAAAAGAAGAAGAGCAAGUCAAAUGCUUAG